GGCUGCGUACAGCUAGCUUCACGCAGCGCAGAAAUCAUGUUUGGUAGGCAGCGAGUCGUGGACAGUGUGACACAAAGCCUGUAACCUUAGUGUUUGUUAGGGGUUGGUCAGUCAUAUCACCAGCGUUUCAUCCGUCCUCCGCAAGAACAGACGAUACUUGUUUGUUUCUGUCUUAACAGAAGCUAAUUGUGUUGUCGCGUUUGGCGUCGGUAGCUUGUGUGAAGCGGUUAGCUGGACAACGUUAAUGAGAGCUAACAUUAACGAAAACCAUCAGUGGGGGGUCUCGUUUGACGGUGGUUGUGUAAUUAAAGCAGCUUCAGGCGUCCGUGUGUGCAGCCCUGCUGGGAUAACAAGCGCACAGUGAGAGGGAAGUAGCAGAAGGCUAACGUUGAAGAGCUAGCAGUGUGUGUCUGUGUUUGCCCUCCUCGCUGCCACGGAGCCGUGUAGCUGUCCACGUCUAGUCUCGUCUGCUGUGUUUAACGUCGCCAGCUGAGCUAGGCCACGUCCCUGCGGGCGUAUUUCACCUAACCCACUGACAUUGGACGAGUGGCGGAGAAGAUGCCUUGUGUGCGGAAGGAGGAAGGAGAGUGAAAAGAAGAUCAGGAGAAAUGUGAAAAGUCUUGCACAUUCAUGACUGUCUGUCUGUGUAGUGUUUGCAUUUCCGAAGGGUUGCCGCAUAUACGCGGCAUGUCACGUAGACGGAUGUGUUUUACAGCGGGAGGAUACUCUCACUGAGCUCUCUGUAGGUUACGAUACACUUUUUGUUUUUUGAAAUGGUUGGGUUUGGUGCAAACCGACGGGGAGGCCGCCUGCCGUCCUUCAUCCUCAUCUUCUUGAUAGUGGUUAUCGCCAUACUGUCUUUCAACUACUGGACAGUGUCCAACAGGCACGGCCGCCUGCUGGAUGAGCUGGCGGAGGUGCAGACGCAGGUGAAGCGGACGGACGCGGCGCGGAGCCGGCUGGAGAAGCGGAACUCGGAGCUGAUGGUGCAGGUGGACACGCACAGGAAGCAGAUCGACCAGAAGGAUGGAGACUACAGCGUCCUGGAGGGCAAGCUGCAGGCCCGAGAGGCGCUCAUCAAAAAGUGCAGUGAUGAUAAGAUGAAGCUGCAGAGUGAUGUUACAGCCCAAAUGACAGAAAUCCAGAGGCUGAAAGAACAGCUAAAGGAGCUGAAGCAGGAGUUCAUGAAACAGGAAGAGCAGCUAAGAGAAGUGAAGAAAAAUAGCACUACCUUGGAAAGAAAACUGGAGUAUGAGAGUUUACAGUGUGGACGUCAGAUUGCACAAUUGAAAGAAGAGUAUGAAGAAACAAAAAAGACCCUGGAGGAAGAAGCAUCAAAACUAAGACAGAGUGUAAUUGAUGGCCAAAAGGGCGUAGUGGCAGGUCGACACGUCGAGGGAGCACCCGGUGUGGAUAUGAUUGGAGAGCGCCAUACAGUGGCCACUCGCCGGCAUGACAGUCAAGAUUUAAAAGAAGAGAUGGGUAAGCCUGGCAGUGACGCUGGCAUGCCUGGCAUUGAAGACAGCGAGGUGGGAAAAAUCGAUGAUGUGCAAUUUGCCUUGAAGAAACCAGCCAUCACUCAGAAACAUGACGAGUCCCCUGAUGUGGUUGUGGGAGCUGGUGCUGGACCUGGACCUGGAGUUGGGGCAGCUGAUGGCCCUGGGGGGCAGGGCCUGUCUCUGGACCAGCCCAGGCUCCAGCAGGACAGAGUGGAUGGGCGAGCAGCUGUGGUUGCACCUCUGGCCAUCGUCAAACAGGCAGACAAACCGAUAGUGUUUGAAGAAGACAACAAAGCAGGUAUCAAGGCAGACGAGCUGGGAGAACAACAAAGACAACUUCGAGCACCUGAUAAUGUCAAGGUUGAAGGCGAACACUUGAAGGGGAUUCCUCUGCCCCCCAACCCUGCCCAGGUGCCCAACCCUAUUCAGCCUCACCGCGCCAAAGACCAAGUUCCAGCAGAGGCAGUACACCACCGCCAAAGCCCUUCUCUGCCUCCUGCAGGCCGGUUCUUUGAUGAGAACGAGUCCCCAGUAGAUCCGCAACACGGCUCUAAGCUAGCGGACUACAAUGGGGAUGAUGGGAACGUGGGUGAGUAUGAGGCCGACAAGCAGGCCGAGCUGGCCUACAAUGAGGAAGAGGAUGGUGAUGGUGGGGAGGAAGACGUUCAAGACGAUGAAGAUCGAGACAUGCAGGGAGACCGCGCUGUGGAUUAUGGGAAAAGACAUCAAGCCAUUGACAUUCUUUGAAUGGGAACUCGUACAGCCGUUACUCAUUAAAAAUAUUCAGACCUUCCUCUACAACCAAGGUCUUUCUUGACAAAAUAGUUUGAACAUCAAUAUGUUUAAGAAUUUAUAGGGUGCAUACUCAAUGUCAUGGACUAUUUUGAAGAACAGACAUUGCAACUAAUGAAUUAAUUAUGAAUAACAUAACAUAAUACAAAGGAGAAAAAAAAUCAUGGCAUUGUCCUGAGCUGCUGUUGAUUAGCUAAUGGUUCUAAGUUAUGACAGUAGAGAUGAUAUCCUGUACACUGACUGUUUUGUUAUUUGAUAACUGCCUCAGUUCAUACUGGAGUGGGGGGCUCUUCCCUGUUGACUCACACCUGAACUACAAGGUCAAACUGUGUUUUUGUUUUUGCUACUUUUUCCUUUUCAGGUUGCUGUUGCUUGAUACAAACUCUUCACCUGAGAUGUUUAUCAAAGAGACUAAUUCGGCAGUUCUGCCUUUCUAACAUAAUUUUGGGACUUGUACAUGGAAGAACAUUUUUUUCGUUUACAGGAUUGGGAAUGCAUUACAAAUGCCAAGGACUUUGCUUAUGGCCUAUUAAAUCGAUCUUCUUUUUUUGUGA